CGUCAGUCAACUUUUGCCCUUUUAUAUCCAAACUCCCCCUCCACCACCGUUGGACAGCUUCUCCUCCCGCCAAGAGUACCUUUCCUCCCCCCCAACGGCGAAACCUCUCACUCAAUUACACUCAUUUCGACCGUUGCAUUCUUGAGUGAAUUGCAAACCCGCCUCGACCUACCGCGCACUCUCGCGAUUCGUCGAAAUCUAAUUCCCAAGAGCUCAGAGAGCCAAACAAACACCAAAAUACGAAAACUCGCCUAUAAACAACAACACCACCUUAUUAUAAUACGCUCCGAGAGCAACUAAUCGCAAAAAUGAGUAUCGAUCCCGAUCACCUCAACUACGUCGUCAAGGUCGCCUACAAUGGCACCAACGCAGCUGGCGGCGACUCGCUUACGGAGGAUUUGAACAUCUUCUACGAGGUAAGCUUCAAUCGCAUGCAAUGCACUUGGGGCGAAUCGCCUCAAAAUCAUACCCAAGCUAAUGACCACAUUUUUAGUCUGGAGACAUCGCAUGGAUGAUCACCUCAACCGCUCUCGUCCUGCUCAUGAUUCCAGGUGUCGGGUAAGUGCAUACCAUUCAACGUGUUCAGUGGACCUGGUGCAACAGAAGCUAAUCUUUCCACGUACAGCUUCUUCUACUCCGGUCUGGCUCGCCGAAAGUCCGCUCUGUCCCUCAUCUGGCUUUCCAUCAUGGCUACAGCCGUCGUCUCAUUUCAAUGGUUCUUCUGGGGUUACUCCCUCGCUUUCUCACACACGGCCGGCAAGUAUAUUGGUGAUUUGGAGAACAUUGGUUUCCGAAAUGUCCUUGGUGCACCAUCCAUUGGUUCGCCUAAGAUUCCAGAUCUCAUGUUCGCCGUGUACCAGGGAAUGUUCGCUGCUAUCACUGUAGCUUUGGCGGUCGGAGCCGUUGCCGAACGUGGUCGCAUGCUACCAUCCGUCGUUUUCAUGUUUGUAUGGACCACCAUCAUCUACGACCCAAUCGCUUGUUGGACCUGGAACUCUUCGGGUUGGGUUUUUAAGUUGGGAGGAUUGGAUUUCGCCGGUGGAACUCCAGUGCAUAUUUCUUCCGGUUGCGCUGCCCUUGCGUACUCCAUUAUGUUGGGCAAACGUCGUGGACACGGCACUCAUGAGUAAGUGAUCCUUGAUCUCAUCCGCGAAGUAUCAGAUCUUCCGUGUUCCCUACUUUGUACUCGGAUAUCGGAAAUUUAUUCAAGUCCGUAACGUGAACUGACAAUACUUGUAGAUUGAACUACCGCCCACACAACGUUACACACAUCGUCAUCGGUACCGUCUUCCUCUGGGUUGGAUGGUUCGGAUUCAACGCUGGUUCCGCUCUCGCUGCCAAUAUGCGCGCCGUCAUGGCUGCAGUUGUCACCAACCUGGCUGCUUGUGUUGGAGGUAUUACCUGGUGUGUCCUCGAUUACCGCCUUGAGCGCAAAUGGUCGACUGUUGGUUUCUGUUCUGGUGUCAUUGCUGGAUUGGUUGCCAUCACACCCGGUUCCGGUUUCGUUCCCGCCUGGGCCGCUAUCAUCUACGGUGUUCUCGGUGCCGCAGGUGCCAACUAUGCUACUAAGCUCAAGUUCCUCCUCGGUAUUGAUGAUGCUCUUGACAUCUUUGCCGAGCACGCCAUUGGUGGUUUCAUUGGUAACAUCUUGACUGCCUUUUUCGCUGCCGACUACAUAGCACAUCUCGAUGGUUUCACCGUGAUUCCAGGAGGAUGGCUCAACCACAACUGGGUCCAACUUGGAUACCAAUUGGCCGAUUCCCUCGCAGGAGGUAUCUACUCUUUCGGAGGAACCUGCCUCAUCCUUUUCAUCAUGAACCUCAUCCCAGGUCUCUCCCUUCGCGCCACCGAGGAAGCCGAAAUUCUUGGUAUCGACGAUGCCGAGAUUGGCGAGUUCGCAUACGACUACGUCGAGUUGACCCGUGAGGUUCUCAACGACGUCUCAUCCGACGCCGAGAGCAAAUAUUCAGCCGGCCAUGACGCUCGCGAGAAGAUGAUCGCCAACAGCCCCGUCCCUCACGACAUCGAGGCCUAA